CUGUCCUGGUCAUAGUUGGCUCCAGAGUUUUUGAAUAGUUCAUGUGUACUAGGUAGAGGAAGCAUUUAGAAUGAUCUGAGUGUUUCUACAUGACUGUGUCUUGGUUAACAAGGAAGGAGUGCUGUGUGCACAGGCUACCACCAAGCAGAGAGAGGUAAAGACCCAAGAAAAUCAAUUUGCUUGUUUAGUAAGUUGAGAGCCACCCUUUGUUCACUGCUAUGUCUAUUCCUGGAAAGUCUCCUGUCACAUAGUCUAAGAGGAAACAAUCAUAUACUAGAAAAUAAUUUCAUGUUACAGCCAGGUCUUUGAUGAGGAAAUGCUGCUGUGUAGUUAUAGCAAAAGCAAGUGACCUCAAAAGCUGGAGUUUCAGGUUGGUGCUGAUGCAGGAGAGAGACGUUGGAGAGGGCUUCUCAGGAAGCAGAGGCUGAGCAGCACCAGCUGGGUGAUGGGUUGGAGCAGUGGCCCCGGAAAGGGGAAAUUCUGAAAAAGCAUAGGUGAUAAAAAGUGGUUUCUAGGAUCCUGGGAACAUGGGGAGAGUCAGUGCCUUCAGGGAAUAAUGUUCAUGAAGGGACUUCUGGACUAUUCUAAUAGUCAAACUAUGCUCUGAAGAGAAUCAAAAGCUGCUAGGGAAUUCAAGCAAGAAAAGUAAAAUGAAAUUGGAUUUUGAAAGUGAGAUCUGGUGGUGGAGUUACAAAGUGAUCCAAGAAUGGAUGAUCCGGUCCCAGCCAGCUACAUUGACAAUGAACAACAGUGGGUCUGAUCAACCCGAAGGUAGAAACGAAGGGACAAAUGAGAUUUCUGAAUGUAGUCAUUAAGAUUUGGUGAUGGGCUCAUGCAAGGCAGGAAACCAAGGCUAGAGUGGAGCUCACAGCCUAGCAAAAGCCACUGGUUGUGUGGUGAUGCCACUGAGACAAGGAGUCAGGCCUAGGAAAGGGGUGGGGUCAAGGGCUCCAUUCUGGUCAGCCUUUGUUAGAGAUGCCCAUGAAAGCCACGAUGAGAAGCUGAGCCAGAAGUUUGGACACUGCAGUACUCUUUCACUAGUUGGAGAGAUGGAGGGAAAUGGGACCAGCACAAGGAGGUGUUGGUAGGAUUUAAGUUUGUGUAAGAAAAAGAAUAGCCUGAACAAUGGAAUACUGAGGGAGCUGAGCUACAAUGGACUUCCAGUUCAGUGGUGUGGGGUCCAUCCCAGAAAGUUCAAGGAGCAGCCAUGAGCUUGGAAGCCAAAAUCAAGGAAGUCCCCAACUGAGAAUUGUCUUAGUUGGAAAAACUGGAUCAGGAAAGAGUUCAACAGGGAACAGCAUCCUUGGGGAAAAAGUGUUUCGUUCUGGCAUUUGUGCAAAAUCCAUUACCAAGGUCUGUGAGAAAGGGGUGAGCUCCUGGAACGGGAAAGAGCUCGUUGUCAUGGAUACACCUGGUAUUUUUGACACUGAGGUACCAGAUGCUGAAACACAAAAGGAGAUCACUCGCUAUGUUGCCCUGACCUCUCCAGGGCCUCAUGCUCUGCUCCUUGUGGUCCCACUGGGGCGUUAUACUGUGGAAGAACACAAGGCCACACAGGAACUUCUGAAAAUGUUUGGAACAAAGGCUAGAAGAUUCAUGAUUCUCUUGCUCACCAGGAAGGAUGACUUGGAAGACAUCAAUUUCCAUGAAUACUUAGAGUCGGCUCCUGAAGUCCUUCAAGAAGUGAUCUCUCAGUUCCAGAAUCGCUACUGUUUGUUCAACAACAAAGCCUCAGGAGCUGAACAGGAAGCACAGAAGACACAGCUGUUGACCUUGGUCCAGAGUAUGGUGAGGGAAAAUGGUGGAAGAUGCUUUACUAACAGGAUGUAUGAGAGUGCUGAGGGUGUGAUUCAGAAAGAGACGUUGAAGAUGCAAAAAUUAUACAGAGAGGAACUGGAGAGAGAGAAAGCACGGAUAAAACGGGAGUACAAAGAAGAGAUUAGAAAUCUGAAAGAUGAACUGGAGAGGGAGAGGAGAAAGGCACGCAUGGAGAAGGAGUUCAAAGAGAAGGAGGUUAACUUUACAGAGAGACAACGAAAUGCUAGGAGGGAAGUUGAGAACACAAGUAUGAUAAUUGAGUUAAUCAUGAAAGUAUGGGAGAUUGCUUCCUUUUUCUACAACCGGUUUAUGGAAGACUAGACUUAGCCUGUAAGACUAGACCUUAUCUCUAUUUUCUGUAUCUCCCUUGAUAACCUUGCCUUACAGAGCUCAAUGCCUAAAUGCUCUAGUUUCUGUCUUCCAGGACAAAGGAAUGAAGUAAAGUUUACCAUUGGCAGUUGUUCAAUUGGCUUAUCAAGAAAGUGACCAAUCUUCAAUUUGUGAAACUCCAAAGCAGACCGUAUUUCUGCUUGCUACCUUGUGUUCUUCCUCAGUGAAAGCCACCUAGGAGGUCACAGAAAAUGACUGUAAGAUGGAUCCACCACUUCUCUGGAUUCUCCAUAGUAAUCUUCAUGUGCAGUUUCUACACAUGAUGCUCAUCCUUUGGACAUCUUAGAAGCUCUCACCAACCUUUUAACCAGUUUGAGCAGAAGUCAACUCUCUCCUUGAGAAAUGAACUAGUUACUGCAACCGUACCCUGAACCACCAUACAUCAUCAUGCCGCUUCUGCCCCGCCCAGCUAAUUUGCAUAUUGCUGUUAUAAUAAACUUUUCUGUUGCCUCAUA